AUGGAUAAGGCGAAAUCCUCAUUAACAAUCUCUGUUAUGCCGACUACUCCUCACGACAACAAGGAGGAACCCAAUCAGCUUGCAACCGAUAAGAUGGUAGACGAGACAUCUAAUCAUCGGAAAGAAUUGCCAACGGAAAUUUGGAUCGAAAUCUGGGAACUCGUCGCAAAUAAUAAUUCAAGAAAUCUUGAUAUCUGGACCUGGAGUGAAAGACCAGAAAAAUUAUGGGAAAUUGAGAAACAGCGAAUAAUCAACGGCCCUCGAAAUUACUCCACUCAAAUCCGAUGGAAUCCAUUCAAAUUCGUAACAACACAAGUUGUUGCUCCUAUUUUACAUGUCAGCUGCCUCUCACGGUUGAUUGGUCUAAAAUAUUACAAACUCGCCUUUGGUUGUCGCCUCGGAAUGCCCAAAACACCCUCAGAAGAUUACUCGAUGAUUGAGCCUCGAAUUUACUGUCAUAAAAAUGAUAUUAUAUGUCCAAUGGGCCGUUUCAGCCGUAUAGAAUCCAAAUAUUUUUGGAUUCAGUUCCCCAAAGAAAUAUCAGCAAUCGCCUUAAAUCUAGGCGCGCUCAAUAGCAUUGCUCCAAAGCUGCACGAAGACAAUGAUCUUUAUGAGAAACAAAUUGCUCACGAGCAUCUUAGUUAUGAGUAUUUCAGAGGUCUCAAUCGAAAUCCCGGUAGAAUUGAUAAAACGGAUUCCCUUUUUGAAAGCGAUCAGGGUGAGAAAUUUUCAUCGCGUGCGUCAAAGGUUUACCUAUAUUAUUUUAACGACUACAUCUGCAAACAAGGCCCCAAAGAUUUUCGAUUCACAUCACCCGUCAACGACUCGUUUAUUCGAAGCUUACAUGGUGAUGAAGCAUCAGAUUAUAGCUUCGAUAAUCUUUUGGCGCAUGCUGGAUUUACCAACCGUGUACAUCAUCAAUGGGUAAAAUGGCUUGAAUAUGGAGGUUUAACAUGGUUAAAAGAUGGGGGGCCUAAACCUGGUUAUAUCAUAACCCACAACCCUACGCCAUAUAGUCAGACUAGAAAUGAGUUUCUUGCAAACAUAAGACCUUGGCAGAAAGAGAUUUUCAUAAAACGUGGUGUUCCUAAUAUUGGAAUACAAAUACUAAUCUUCCGUAUGGAAAUUCUAAAUUUUGGGUUCCAGGAGCUCCUGAGGUUCAAUACAUGA